AUGGGGCUCGCCAUGGACCGCAGCCCGUACUCCCGCACAGGGGACGCGGCUCGUGGCUGCUGGUACUACCUGCGCUAUUUCUUCCUCUUUGUGUCGCUCAUCCAGUUCCUCAUCAUCUUGGGCCUGGUCCUUUUCAUGAUCUAUGGCAACGUGCAUGUCACCACGGAGGCCAGCCUGAAGGCCACUGAGAUCCGUGCGGACAAUCUGUACAGCCAGGUGAUGGGACUGUCGGCCUCGCAGGCUAACCUGACCAAACAGCUGAACAUCAGCACACACGCCAAGGAAGCCGUCAUGCAGCUGCUGCUGAGUGCCCGGCGUGAGCUGGAACGCAUCAACGCCAGCUUCCGACAGUGCCAAAGCGACCUGAUCACCUACAUUAACUAUCAUCGGUUCAUGGUCGCUAUCAUCCUGAGCGAGAAACAGUGCUGGGAACAGGUGAAGGAGAACAACAAGACCUGCGAAGCCUUGCUCUUCAAGCUGGGCGAGAAGGCUAAGACGUUGGAAAUGGAGGUGGCCAAAGAGAAGGCGGUGUGCGCCAAGGACAAGGAAAGCCUGCUGGCGGGAAAGCGGCAGUCGGAGGAGCAGCUGGCGGCCUGUGACAAAGCACGGGAGCGGCAGCAGCAGGAGCAGCAGGUGGCCGAGGAGCAGCUGCGCAAGGUGCAGGCCCUGUGCCUCCCGUUGGACCAGGACAAGUUCCAGGCGGACGCGCUGAGCGCGUGGCGGGACUCGUUGACGUACCGCUCCCUGGAUAACCUGGGCUUCCACUUCCCCGCGAUGGUACCCGAGAUCACGGCCAUCCGCCGGACGUGCGAGCACAUGCCCCUGGUCAUGAGCUCCAAGGUGGAAGAGAUGGCGCGCGGGCUGCGCAUGGGCAUUGAGCGCGUGACCCGCGAGAACGCGGAGCUGCGGCGGCAGAAGCUGGAGGUGGAGCGUGGGGCUCAGGGCACAUUGUCGCAGCCAGCACUCCCGCCAAGAAUCUCUUCGGGCCCAGCCCCUCCUCCGCCCAUAGAUCCUGCUACCCUAGAGGAAUUCAAGAAAAGAAUCCUGGAGUCCCAGCGUCCCCCGUUAGUCAACCCUGCAGUCCCACCCAGGUCACCAGCCCAGUCAUCCGCUGGAGACACCACGUGUGUUCAUGUGCGUCAUGGGGAAGUGGCUGAGGAAGCAGCUGCUGCAGGACCCUGGGCACGAGACUUGCCCACCUGUGGACGGUGGCAGCCAGAUGCCCAACACACUGGAUACCUGCUGUGCCCCCUGCCCUCCUGCCCCCUGCUCCCCACCGUCUCCCAGACAGAGGAGGUGGCUGCUCCCCCAGCACUGGCCGGGGUGGGAGCCGGGGAUGAAUCACGAGGCCAGCAGUACCACACUCUGCCACUGCUCCUCUGGGACAAAGCUGCGAUAUUUCCUGGAUCCGGAAACACGGGCGAGAGCCUGUCACUGCAGGAAACACUUGGCUGGGGCCUGGCCAACAGGGCCACCAGGGGUCAGCUUGGGAGGCCUCCGGGACAGCCGGACUGGAGGCCCCAAGGAACUGGGGAUGUCCCUGGCCCUGAGCCUGAGCCUUGGGAUGAAGCCGACCUGGUAACCACAGAGAGCCUGCUCAAGAUCUGA